CCCUCACAAUUAAAACAAACAAUCCAACAACAUUUGGUUCCAUAAACCCUAUUCUCCCUCUCUCUCUUUGAAAUUGAUAUUCGCGAUCAUCUAAACCCUAAUUGGACACCAUCACCUUGAAGAUUUGGUCCACUGCAGUCGUUUAAAUCAAAGAAAUUUGGAAGAGCUAUUAUAGAUGGAAAUUGAUUCAGAGUCAAACGUUAAAGCAUCAGAAGAAGCUGCAUCAUCUAUGCCAGCCAAAUCCACAAAUUCAUCUGGAGCCGUAUCAACCGGUGAAGUGAAGGAUGAUAUCACCAUGUCCAUGGAGAACCUCCAGAUAGACAAAUCUUCCUCUGCGGGUUUUAAGAAGAAACCCGUUAUCAUCAUUGUCGUAGGAAUGGCAGGAAGUGGGAAAACGACAUUCCUUCAUCGAACUAUCUGUCAUACACAAGCUUCCAACACAAGGGGUUACGUAUUGAAUCUUGAUCCAGCUGUCAUGACUCUCCCAUACGGUGCCAAUAUCGACAUUCGAGACACCGUUCGUUACAAAGAAGUCAUGAAACAAUUUAAUCUUGGACCCAAUGGAGGAAUCUUGACUUCACUCAACCUGUUCGCCACAAAGUUUGACGAUGUGGUAAACGUAAUUGAGAGGCGAGCGGAUGAACUUGAUUACGUUCUUGUGGAUACCCCUGGUCAGAUUGAGAUAUUUACGUGGUCUGCAUCUGGAGCGAUUAUAACCGAGGCGUUUGCUUCGACUUUUCCGACUGUGAUCGCGUAUGUUGUUGAUACACCGCGUGCAGAGAGUCCGAAUACCUUUAUGAGCAACAUGCUUUAUGCUUGUAGCAUCCUGUACAAGACCCGUUUGCCCAUGGUUGUGGUUUUCAACAAGACAGAUGUCAUUCAGCACCAGUUUGCUUUGGAGUGGAUGGAAGAUUUUGAGGUGUUUCACGCUGCGCUAGAAUCUGACAACUCAUACCCGUCAACUUUGACUCGAAGUCUUUCUCUUGCUCUCGAGGAGUUUUAUAAGAAUUUACGUGCUGUUGGAGUUUCAGCGGUAACGGGUUCUGGGAUGGAUGCUUUCUUUAAAGCUAUUCAAGCAAGUGCAGAUGAGUACAUGGAAACUUACAAAGCUGAUCUGGACAAAAGGCGGGAAGAGAAGGAACGGUUAGAAGAAGAACGCAGGAAAGAAAACAUGGAGAAAUUGAGAAAGGAUAUGGAGAAAUCAGGGGGCGGAACCGUUGUGUUGAGUACUGGUUUGAAAGGCAACGAUAAAGGUAAUACAAGCAAGAUGGAAGAAGAUGAAGAGGAAGAGGAAGAAGAUGAAGAAAUUGAAAUGUUGAGUGAUGAUUAUGAUGAUGAUGAAGAAGAAGGUGCAAUAGAUGAUGAUGAUGAAGAGAUUGCAAAUUUCAGAUUCUGAGUGUUAUGGUACCUGGCUACUAGUGAUUUUAUGGCUACUUGAAAUUACAAUGGUUUUGUGUUUUGUUUACUUUGGAGUAACAUUUUGGAGGGUUGUCACAUUUGACCUUUUCAUCAUGGUCUCUAUGAUUUAGUAAAAAUCAUCUUUACUUGCAACAAA